UAAAUAUUUGUAUUAUUUUUAUGCGAAUUAAAUUAUAUUUUUAAUUAAUUUUUUGAAAUCUCACACAAAAGUCGUAAUGAAUAGCAGCAAUAACGAUAAUUUCAGUAAUUCGAUCGUCAAUAAAGCUUAUGAUCAAGAUGGUGAUGUUGUUGAUGAUGACCAGAUUUCUAGAUCUUCAACAUCAGCUGAGAACAUAACUACUUCUGAUACAAUGGCUAUAAUCGAAGUUCCAAUGAAGAAAAUUCCAAUAUUGAACUGUGAAAUUCAAGAAGAAUUUCGGAACAUCAUCUUAUUUAGUAUCUUCUUCUCAGCCUCCAUAACUAUUGCCCUAAUUUGUACUAUUUACCUUGGACCCCCACCGGCAGAUUUGCAUGCAGCUGUAUCCAGUAGGAAUGGCAGGUGCUCUAAGCUGGGAACUCCAAUGUUAUUGAAAGGUGGAAAUAUUGUAGAUACUGCUGUCGCUGUUUCAUUGUGUGAAGCUGUCUUAAAUCCUGCAGAAUAUGGUCUUGGAAGUUGUGGUAUGAUCAUCAUUCAAGACCAGAGAAAUAAUGUUACCAAUGCCAUUGAUUUUGCCUGCUCUACUAUUAAAUAUCAGAAGAAUGAAAGUCCCAGUGUGGAAAUUCCAACACUUCUGAAAGGAUUGGCACUUGUUCAUGGGAAAUUUGGCCACUGGAGAUGGAGUGAUGUAAUGAGGCCAGUUCUGGAUAUAAUCAAUGAAGAGAAUUCUAACUAUGGUGAGAGGUCAAAGUUCAAUGAACUCUUCAAUAGUAUUGCUCAGAAUGGCAUUCAGUCGUCAUUUUAUGAGGGUAAUGUGGCUAAAGAAAUUAUCAACAUUAUAUCAAAUACAAGCAAAGAUGUUAAAAGUGAAUUUCAACCUAAUGAGUUAUCUUCAUAUACUGCUCAACUCAUUGAUCCUAUCGGCUUGCUAUUCAAUGGAAAAUAUAUUGAAUCCCCAUCGGGCAAAGCUAGUUUAUCUAUGUUUCUAUUAUUAGAUACUUUGCAACUUUUAAUAUCAUCUGGAAAAACCCAGUGGAAUUCCACUGACUAUUAUCAUUACUACAUUGAGGCAGUCAAGCUGGUGACGAAGACACUUGAAGCCAACUACACUUACGUAUAUGACAUGAAUAACUAUGGAAGGAAGUUGCUGGCUAUCCAGUUGGCUUCAGCCAUUAAGAACACAUCCUCCUCCUCAGCAGCAGCAGCAGUGGCCGCAACGACGACAUCACCACCGUCAUCCACAAACAGCUUCCAAACAGGCAGUGGUAACUAUGAUAGCCACAACGACAACAACGUCUUCAGUAACAAGAGUGAUAAUGGUUAUAACAACAAUGCCAAGGAUGAUGGGGAUGAAGCUGAUGUGAAUUUGAUGUUGUUGAGUAAAUCCAACAGUAGCCUUAUUAACAUCGUCGGUCCAAAUGAUGGAAUCCUAUCAAUGAUAACGUGGUCCAAUACAGGCCAUGAUAUCAUUACAAAAGAACACGGCAUAACUCUAAAUGAAAGACUGGCCAGUGCAGACGUACUUUACUCCAACAGAGGCUACUCAGAAAGCUACAUAUCAAGCCUAGUGCAUGACACAAUUAAAACGUGUGGCCUGCGAUUGGCCAUAUCUGGGUCAAGUUAUCUAGAUGUUUCCCAAGUGAUAAUUAACAUAUUUGGCCUGCACAUGAACCAAUCAGAGGCAGUCACUCGACCUAGGCUUUACGUGAUCGACGGAAAUAUAUACUGUGAAGUUGAAUUGUUCAUUUUAAUAAUUCACAUAGAUGGCAUUCCAGGAAGUGUGAUAGAGAUGCUAUUAAAGAGAGGGCAUGCGAGCAUACAUCCUAUAAACAAACUCGAAAAAUCUCCGAUCAAUUCCGGAAUGUCCAGGGCAGUUUCCAUUGUUUGGAAAGACAUGGAGGAAACAGGGACGAUAAGUGAUCCCAGAGAUAAUUACGAGGUUCACAACGUUUAG